GCUCUUUCAACAAAAGGAAUGCUCUACCUAUACCUCAUCCUUGGUUUGACUACCAGGGCCCUUGCCGCUCUUGUCCCUGGAAGCUAUGGACCCGGAUAUACUACCUAUGCAUUGAGUCAUGGUAUCGGCUACUCUGGCGUUACCGGUUUUGGCGUCGGACAGGGUCUCGGCUAUGCCGUGUCAGCUCCUGUUGUGGGUGGUGCCGUUUCGACUGCCUACCACGCUCCUCCACGUGUUACGACUAUUCAUGCUGCUCCUGCCAUUACCACCUACGCUUCUGCUCCAGUAGUCACCACUUAUGCUACUGCACCAGCAGUAUCUAAGGUAGCAACAACCUAUCAUGCAGUACCAGCUGUGACUACCUACUCAAAUGGCCCAGCUGUAUCCGGUAUAGCCACCAGCUAUACAGAAACCCCAACACUUACUAGUGUUUACCGGAGUGCUCCAGCUGUGACGAAGGUAUUCCCCUCUACACCUGUUGUGGCUACCGCACCAGCGGUUACCACAUAUGCCGCUCCAGCUGUUGCAAAGGUUGCCACCACCUAUGCCACUGCACCGGUCAUAACUAGAGUAUACCAAAAUGCCCCUGCUUUGACAAGGAUAUACCAGUCGGCGUCUCCAUUUGUGGCUGCAGCUCCAGCUGUGCCUAAAGUUUCGACCACAUACAGCACCACCCCAGCCAUCACUCGCAUUUACCAGUCUGCACCUGCUGUUGCCAAAGUUGCCACCACCUAUGCCACAGCCCCAGCCAUAUCUAGGAUUUACCAAAGUGCUCCAACUGUGACGAGAACGUACCAAUCUGCUCCUAUUCUGGCCACAGGUCCAGGUGUUUCUAAAGUUUCCACCACAUACGCAGCUACUCCUGCCGUGACCAGGGUCUACCAGUCUGCGCCAGCUAUAUCUAAAAUUGCCACUUCAUACACUGCUUCCCCGGCUAUCACUCGAAUUUACCAGAGUGCGCCAGCUACAACCAAGGUUUACCAGUCAUCUCCGGCAUUCGUUCCAGCUCCAGCUGUUACUAAAGUGUCUGCCCCCUACGCUACUUCUCCAGCCAUCACAGAUAUCUACCAAGCUUCCCCAUUAGCAGCAGCUCCACCUGCCAUCACAUAUUCUGCUCCAGCCAUUGCCAAGGUUAAGGCAACAUACGCAACUUCUCCUGCGUUUUCUACACUCUUUCAAAGCGCGCCAGCUGUGAGGAAGUUUUACCAAAGUGCUCCAGUCAUUGCCGCUGGUCCAGCAGUUACGAAGGUGUCUACUACUUACACCGCAACACCAGCUGUUACACGCGUGUAUCAGUCGACUCCACUUGCGGCUGCUGCCCCAGCAGUAACCACAUACACGGCUCCAGCAGUCACAAAAGUGGCUUCAACUUACGCAUCUGCCCCAGCUAUUACUAGAGUCUACCAGGCUUCACCAGCGUUGACUAAAGUGUACCAGUCAGCACCUUUUGCUGUGGCUGCCCCCGCUGUCACUAAAGUAUCCAACACAUAUCCUUCUUCACCUGCAGUGACCCGUGUUUACCAAUCCGCACCCUUCGUGGCAGGAGGUCCAGUGAUCUCCACGUAUACUGCUCCAGCCACGGCUAAGGUCACCUCCACCUAUUCUUCUACUCCAAGUGUUACGAGAGUUUAUCAGAAUGCCCCAGCUAUAACUAAUGUGUACAAAACAGGACCAGCGUUUGUUACAGCCCCUGCAGUAGCCAAAGUUGCCACAACCUAUGCAUCUGCCCCUGCCAUCACCAGGGUCUACCAGAAUGCCCCAGCAUUUACAAGGUUCUAUAAGUCUGCACCAGCUGUAGCUACUGCUUCAGCCAUUGCCCAAGUUCCCGCUAGCUAUGUCGCGAGACCAGCCGUCACACGCGUGUUCCAGUCACCUCCAGUGGCUGCUGCUCCAGUUCUUACGACAUACACGACGCCCGCAGUAACAAAGGCCGCGACCACUUAUGCCUCUGCCCCGGCUAUCACGAGGAUUUCCCAAACUUCCACAGCAUUCACUAAGGUGUACAACUCCGCUCCAGCUGUUGUCCCUGUUUCAUCUGUUGCCAAAGUGGCCACCACGUAUUCUGACGCCCCUGCAGUUGCAGUUGUGGCGACUGCACCAGCUGUCAACACAUACAUGUCUCCAGCAGUUGCCAAAGUGGCCGCGGCUUACACAUCUGCACCAGCUAUCACUCGAAUCUACCAGACCUCUCCAGCUCUGACAAGAUUAUACCAAUCAGUUCCAGCAGUCAGUAAGGUGUACCAAGCUUCUCCAGUCGUUGUCUCUGCACCACCAACGGUAUCUAGGGUCUCCACCACAACAUACAGCAACCCACCAGCGUCAGCCCCUGCUCCAGCCAUUGCUUCAACGACCUACCAUUCUUCUCCCGUUAUAACAACUGUCGCUGCGGCCCCUGUUGCUCCAGUUUUGACAUCUCCUGCGGUCACUACCACCGCCUAUCACUCUUCGUCAGCUGCAGCCCCCGUUGCGGCAGCUCCCGUUGUCUCCAUUUCCUCAUCGCCAACAGUCACGGCAUCCUACCAAGCUGUUCCAAGUGUUGUCACUAACGUCGCUUCUCCAGCUGCUUCAGUGGCUGCUGCUCCUGCUGUCAUUACGUCCACUGAUCAGUCUAGUCCAGCCAUUGCAGCUGUCGCAGCCGCCCCACUUGCCUCCGUCUCCAACGCUCCUGUUGUCACCUCCACUACCACCUAUCAUUCUUCUCCAGCUGAAGCUUCAGUCGCGGCUUCUCCAGUGCUUCCUAUUGCCGCUUCACCGGCUGUAACUACGACCUAUCAUGCUGUUCCGGGUGUUCCCUCUGUUGCUGCUGCCCCGAGUGGCCCUGUUGCUCCGGUGUCUGCUGUCACUACGACAACCUACCACGAUACUCCAGCCAUAACAUCUGUUGGUCCGGCUCCGGUUACCUCCGUGGCCGCUGGUCAAGACGUCGCCACAACCACAUACCAUACACCCUCAGCUGUUGCGACAGUAGCCGCUGCCCCUGUGGCAUCUGUUGCCACUGCUCCAGCUAUCACUACAACCACUUACCAUGCUGACCCUACUGUGGGUGCUGUGGUGGCUUCUCCGGUUUUCGCAAACAUUGAGGCUGUUCCAGCAGUUUCAACUACCACUGUUCACUCCGCACCAACCGUGGCCACUGUUGAACAUGCCGCUAACCAGUAUAUCCCAGCCUACCGCUACGGAAUCGGCACUUUUGGGUACGGUGUUGGCCACUAUGGUUUCGGUCAUGGUCUUGUUGACUAUGGACUGAACUAUGGCUAUGGUCUCGGCACUCCUGAUGCUUACACGACCCUUCUUCGAAAAAAGAAGUGAAUUCCUCGGCAAUUCCGAUUAUCAAGAAACCAGGUGUAAUUCAGCGCAUGGCGAAACAUUUUUUUUGGCGUGCCCAGUGUAAGUAUUUAUGAUAGAAGCUUUUGUACAUAUAAAUAAAAACAUUUACAUAUUUUUCACUCCAAAA